AUGGAUAAAAGAAACGAACGUAAAAGCGAAAAGUCAUCCGCGAAGGAAGAUGUCAAGAAACCGUUUAAUAAGAGGCUCGCGCUGAAGAAGAAGUUCAGCAACAAGUACAAGGUCGAAAAGUAUCAGGAGCAGCGCAAGAAGCACAUGCUGAGGAAGUAUAAAAACGAACUGAAGAACGAGAAACCUGGUUUCGAUGUGUCGAAAAUUUACGAGGCUGCUGAAGCGGAAGAUGGUGAUGAAAUGGCUCAGAAGCCGGAAACUGAUAGAAAGCGGGGUGGUAAGAUGGGCAGGUUUGUGAAGAGAAGUGCGGAGGAUAAGGAGAAAGCUCAGGAGGAGUUCGAAAAGAGGAAGGCGGAGAAGGAAGAGGCGAGGAAAGAGGCUAUGGAGAAGAGGAAGGAGACCUUUAAAAAGUUGAAUAAGCGAACGAGGAAAGGUCAGCCAUCGAUGACCGGUCGUUUAGAAGUGAUGUACGAGAAGAUUGUGGGAAUGACAUCGCAGCAGCGAUCUAGUUGA